CCCGGCUACACGUCGUCCGCGCACGCUUGUCGGAACUGUAGCCAGUCGCUCCGGCGGCACCGGGGGUGCGCCGUCCCCGGCCGCGAUGUUUGGGGAUCAAAGUGACGCCCUUCCAACGCAAUCAGAAGAAUUGUCGCCGGCGGUUCUUGCUGAUUACAGGAGAAGUAACAACUCCACCGCCAUGACUGGUGCACGAAGAAGCGCACUAGAUGCGGAAGGCGAAGCCGCGGGCUCGGACGUAGUGCUUGACGAGCUCUCCAUCUCGGAAUCGGAUCCCAUUUGGCGCCGCCGGGUCAACAAGCGCACAAGCAGUGGGGCGACGCCGCGAGGGGAUUUUGGAGAGAUGAAAAAGCAGCAUAAGGAGGAGGAGAAAAGGGAGGAAAGAAGAUUGAGAAGUCAAGAACUUUUUGUACCUGGCGCGUCGGCCGCAUCAAGCUCCAGUUCUUCUACUAACCCAGCAGUUCUUCUUGCACACACACAGGAUGAUUUAGCAGACGAUGAAAAUCUCGUCCUCAGCUCUUCCGACACCGACACACCUUCCGGAACAGCAGCCGCCCUCGCUGCCUUCAGCUCCUCCGACUCGGAUUCCGCUGGAGCUCGCCGGCCACUCGGGUCCAUUUUGAAGCGACAGGAAAGGAACUCCACGAAGGCAAGCGCGGGAGUAACGGAGAAAGUACCACCUGCACCUGCUGCUGUCACUGGCGUCACACCAAAAGCAGCUUCGAGUACAGCAGGCGCUGGAGCUUCAUCUUCCACUCCGACGGGUAAAAAUCGCAGGGGCAAGAGAGCAAGGAAGAACAAAGCAAAGGCUAAGAACGCGGAGGUUGCUAGUAACCCUAAGCCGCCGCCGCCGGAGAAGCGCGUUCACUUCUACCCGGAGCCUGCCAGUGAUGAUAGUGCUGCUGGAGAAGAGACGCAGCAGCUGGCGUUACACCUCGCUCGCGAUCGAGAAAUAGAGAAUAGUGCCAUCUUCGCGAAGCAACAGCACCAAUACAGCAGGACCAACAUAGUCGGAGCAGGCCGUGGUAAAACGAAAAAGCGAUCUUUAGCCCUACUCGUCGAAGACGCGGAGGAAAUUGCGAAGAGUUCUUUCUUCUACUACAACGACGAAUCAACAGGAGACCAAGACAGAUCGAAACCCUCUGCGCCGGCAAGAGCGUCAUUUGUGCCAAGUACAGCUGCAGCUGCUCAAAUCUUAAAUAACCCCGCAACUGGUGCAGCUACCGAUAAUGAACCACGUGCGGACAAAUAUGUGGACAAUGUGGAAGUAGAGGGCGCUUCUAAUUUUUACGAACCAGACGGAUACUACAAGUUCUCCUCUUCUUCCUCCUCAGACGAGAACACACUUUUUUUACAAGCCGCCAACGGCACACGCAACCCUUCACAGCGCGCGCUUCUCUCGACGUCCCCGGGCCGGCAGUUUUUGUCUGCACCAAGAACUGCAGUGGAUUUUCUUCCCCCGCGUUUUCCUGUCAGCAGUGAUUUGUCGGUAUCUUCUACUUCCAGAGAACAAGAAAGCAGCAGCAGCUCCCUCGCUAGUUCCGAUCCCCUAGGCCAGCUUCUCACCCCAUUGCACCCGGAACGGUUGAAAGCAGUGACGCAGUACUAUUUGAGGAAGGCGACGGGAAGCUUUGCAAAUGCAGAAGGGGAGCAGGACAGUGGUGGUGGGGAACAAGGAGCUGCACAAGAUGUUGACUUGGAUUUUGUUGAAAUUGACGAGGUCGAACAUGAAUUCUUAAAUGAUAAACCACCCGGGAGCGUCAACCGAAGCGGAAUGAGAAUGACCACUACUUCCCCCAGUUUCACAAGCUUGCUGUGGAACUACAAUUACCGACUGGCAGCGCCGGUGUACGUGACGAUUGCAUUGAUCGCGCCGAUUUUGCUGCUCGCGCAAUGGCUGGGGCUGCAAGCGGAAACGGCGUACUUGGCGAGUGUGGCGCCGUUGACGCGAAUAAAGCCGGCGGGCGGGGUGAAGAAGGAGAAGGGACAACUUCAUCCGACUAAAGCUGCUGUCGGUGAAACUAGAGGUGAUCACGACCCCUACAGGAGCGACGAUGUGGAUGACUAUGCUUCCUUUGAGAAGGUCUCAGCAACACGCGGGCAAACUACACAGGAACCUCAAUCGAUCGCAGAUGGUAAAGCUAGAGAGCAGCUGCCUAUCGACGUUGCCGGACCUACUAGUACAACCAACUUGGUGAAGCUGAGCUUUCUGAGCACCGCGAUAAAAAGCGGGUCGAGAGCUACUUCUACUCCUGCUGGCGUUCUUGGUCCCGAUGAUCCCCGUCGUGGGCAGGACAGAAAACCGUCCGCGAAAGGCGUUGGCGAAGAAGAGAAAGGCAGUACUACUGGUAUGCCACACGACUCGUCCGUCUCAACAUCACCAGCGCCAGCUAGUUUAACCAGCCGUCUCGAGUCUGCCUGGUUGUCAAUGUCUGCGUUUGUGAAGCGAAAACUCUUUUCCGAUAGUACGGUUGCGGUAACAGCUACAACUUCCAAUAAAACUGCUGGUGCGAGAACAACAACUAAACUAUCGAGAACCGGAGCAACGACGGAGGACAAGAAGCACGCCGGAGGAAGCAAAGACGAGAUAUCAGAGACCCAACCGCCCCAAAAUGAAUCUUCCGAGAAUAAAUCCAGCAGUAUCCCAAACAUCGACUCGCCCCACAUUUUCUCUCCGCUGACCAACUCCGCCGUUUUCUCGAGUUUUUCGCCUCUUUCCGUCUACUUCCUCUCGAUCAGUUGGCUGGGCGAGGAGGUGGAGACCCGGAAGUGGCUUGCCGUCGUCCUGUGCAGCCUUGGGGUUUUUGCGCACCAGCCGCAGACCGUUUUUUCCUCCACCUCGGCGUUUCUUUUUGCGAUCUACGCGAUUUUGAUCACCCAGUACGUCCGCGACCCGGUGAUCUUUCUCGGGUAUAUCGUAUCAUAUGUAAAAACGUCCCCACACCAGAGUCGAGUUCGGAAAUCUGCAAUACAAAUCAACAAGCUUUGGCGGUUGCGCAUUACAGGUUUGGGCUCGCAGUGUAAUCGGGUUUAGCGAGUGCAGCAGCAUCACAAAGCUAGCCCCUCGUGCUGAUUCGAGCAUCACAAAUUUAAAAGUAGUGCUUACAAAACGUGUCUCAUGGGGCUCCGCAUGAGAGACAUUUUAAGCAUGCAGAUUUGCAUGACGGCUAUGGGUGGGGAUGUUUUUCAACAGGAUAUAUCGGGUUGUAUGUUCUCGCGAUCGGCAUCCCUCUGAUCAGUAUUUGCGACAGCGGCUUUUGGGAAAAGAUUUUCAUCGCCGCCCAGGACGACGAGAAGAACACGGAGUUGCUUUCCAACUUGUUUCUGUUCAGUGUCAUGAGUUCCUUCUUCUCCCACUACUUGUGGGCUUGGGGGAUCUUGCUCACCUCGCCGACCAUAGCAACGAUCGGGUUGUUAACGACGGCAGUAUUGUCCGCCGUUUUCGGAUUGGACAACACCGACACGACUUUGUCCACGCACUACGCGGCAGCCGCUUGCGUUGGUUUUGGCUUGUUUCUGUUCGUCCUCACGCAUGUCACAAUGGCCGGGAAAAGGAGUUACGCGUUUCAGAGAUAGAGGCGGGGGUGGAAUAAACAGAGGCGGGGGGAAUAAACAACUUGGCUCAUCUUCACAACCACGCAAAAAUACCAGUUCAGUACCACAGAAUCAAUCCAGUGCAAUGUGGGUUUUUGCUUCCACCGCUGAGGUUCCCACCGAAGCUCAUUGACAACGCAUCCUACGAGGCCAAAAGGAAAGGCCUCUUGCUAGAAAUGAGACCUCCAUGUAUGAUAAGAAAAUAGCAACUACUGCAAGAAACGAAAGAUGAUGAAACAAAAAAGAAACCAGUGAGUUAUCGUUUCCAAGAAAAUGAAAAAUUACGAAACAAAUACGAUGUUGGUUUUGAAAUGACAGUAAAGUAAGAACGAUGAAAGCACUGCAUUUAAGUAACCGAAAAGAGGUGCAUGAGAUGCUUCUUUGCC